CAAGUUCAAUUCGGCUCAAGUGACACCUUGCCACGGUUCUCCUUCCUUUCGACCUGCUUUCUGCUUUCGAGAAGAGCUUCCUUUUGACCUGGCAUGGGCUCCUCUUCUGACUCGACGACGGAAAAGAAGAAGAACAAGAAGAGCAAGAAGAAAAAGGAAAAGAAGGAAAAGAAGCAAAAGACAGAGAAGAAGCAGAAGAAGAAGGGUAAGAAAGAUCGUGAGGAGGAGCUGCAACGUCAGAGUUUCGAAGCUGCCUUGGCAGCUGCAGCCAAGGAGCGAGCAGAGGAACAGCUGCGAGAGAAGGCGGAGACUCCAGACGUGAAGGAGAAGCGGAGCCGCGAGGAGAAGGAUGAGAAGAAGGCCAAGCAAUCCAAGCAACCUGCUGAAGAGGACUCCAAGCUGAAGAAGCCGGCUGUUCCGGAGAAAGGCUCUGGAGAGACCAAUGUGGUGGAUGCCUUUUCGUUUGAUCCGACAAAGAAGGCCUCUGGAGACUAUUCGAAGCCCGACCCAGUGUCUCUGGCCAAUUCUGGUUUAGAUAUUCAGCGAAUGAUCUAUCGACACGAUCGCAGUGAGUAUACACCUGAACAGCUCCGACGAGCGGAUGAGCUUGCGCGGAUGAGCUUUUUCAUUUGCAAAUAGAGUUUGGCUUUUCUCCUUAGGCCCAUGCAUGGCCGCAUGGUGAGCGAACACUCAGGGGGCUCCACGUGACCCGGACUGGCGACCCUUGCCGUGCCUACUGUCGACUCAGCACCACGGACUGGCCAGACUUGAGUGGACUGCGCGAGACCUUGAAUCGCAGUGGACGAAGAGAUGGAGAGAGGAAAACUUGAUCCGAUCGAGGCAGACGGCAAAGCCACACCUCAUCCUUGACGACCUCACUGCAAGGUCUCAAUCUUCUUUAGAGGGCCGUGAGCAAGGCGAUG